CUCAAACCAGUUACUGUACAACCAUUGGCUGUUGCUAUGAGAUGUAAUCUGAGAAAGAGGCUUGAAACUCAGUAACUGACUUCCUUGGUCGAUAGAACAGGAACAUUUUCCUCUCCUCUAUGCGGAUCUAUGGAGCUGAUACCGUCAGACUUUCAUCCCAGCGAGCACCAGCACCUCCGCUACAACCCCCUGCGUGAUGAUUGGCUGCUGGUCUCUGCGCAUCGUAUGAAACGCCCCUGGCAGGGGCAGAUAGAGACGCCCCCCGAGGAGAAUAUUCCCAGACAUGAUCCCAGCAACCCCCUGUGCCCCGGGGCCCACAGAGCAGGAGGAGAGGUCAAUCCUGCCUAUGAGGGAACCUUCCUCUUUCACAAUGACUUCCCUGCUCUGCAGCCUGAUGCCCCAGAACCAGGUUCCAGCGAUCACCCUCUGCUCCAAUCAAAAUCAGCCAGAGGGAUCUGUCAGGUCAUGUGCUUCCACCCGUGGUCUGACAUUUCCCUUCCCCUGAUGUCUGAGCCGCAGCUCCGUGAUGUCAUUGACAAGUGGGCGGAGAUUAUAACUGACCUGGGUGCUACUUACCCCUGGGUCCAGAUCUUUGAAAACAAAGGAGCCAUGAUGGGCUGUUCCAACCCUCACCCACACUGCCAGAUCUGGGCCAGUAACUUCCUUCCCAACGAGGCUGAGACAGAGGACAGGACACAGAGGCGGUACCUGCAGGAGCACGGGGUUCCCAUGUUACUGGACUACUGCCGGCUCGAGGGGGCACGGAAGGAACGGGUGGUUGUGGCUAAUGAACAUUGGCUUGUUGUUGUUCCCUAUUGGGCUGUGUGGCCGUUUCAAACUUUGCUCCUCCCUCGCCGUCACGUGAUCCGCCUUCAGGACUUGAGUAGCGAAGAGCGAGACAGCUUGGCCUCCAUUAUGAAGCGCUUGCUGUGCAAGUAUGACAACCUGUUUGAGAUCUCCUUCCCAUACUCUAUGGGUUGGCACGGUGCUCCUACUGGUCACUAUCUGUCAGAGGACUGCACUCACUGGCAGUUACACGCACACUAUUACCCCCCACUGCUGCGCUCGGCCACUGUGCGUAAGUUCAUGGUGGGCUACGAGAUGUUGGCUCAGGCUCAGAGGGAUCUGACUGCAGAGCAGGCAGCGGAGCGACUCAGGAACCUGCCAGAGGAACAUUACAAGCUGAGGGCCACACGAGUGCAAGACUGAUGACUCCUGGGACUUUUUUUUAUCCUAAUAUUUUUCAUCUCAAGUUUGAGGUAUUUGCAACUGUGGGAACAUCAGGCGUCUCCCCCCUUUUCAUAUGUGGGCACAAAGCAGAGGGGCGAGAAUGGGCGGAACCCCCAAUAUCUAAACCUGCUUCUUUCUCAUUAAAUUCCAUUACACACUGGC